AGGUUGAAGAUGGCUGCCGUGGAAGACAGGGUGGAUGGAGGAGUCGGAGUGCUGGAGUGCGCUUCUAUUUCCCCGAGAUUGUCUCCUCCGUUGCCGGACCAGCCACAUCAGAACAAUCCGCUCUUGGGACUACCCAUCGUGGCCAUAGAGACGAUUCUAAAUUUCCUGUCUUACGAUGAAAUCAGCCUGCUCCGUCUGGUAUGCAAAAGGAUGGACAUGAUCUGCCAGCGGAUGCUAAAUCAGGGCUUUUUGAAGGUGGAGCGUUACCAUAGUCAGUGUCAGAAACAAGUCAAAGCCCAGCUGCCAAGGAGAGAAUCGGAAAGAAGAAAUCAUUCCCUGGCACGCCAUGCAGAUAUCCUAGCUGCUGUGGAAACCCGCCUUUCAUUGCUUAAUAUGACUUUCAUGAAAUAUGUAGACUCUAAUCUAUGCUGCUUCAUCCCUGGAAAGGUAAUUGAUGAAAUUUAUGGGGUUUUACGUUAUGUAAAUUCAACUCGAUCACCUCAGAGAGCUCAUGAAGUUCUACAGGAGCUGCGGGACAUCUCCUCCAUGGCUAUGGAAUACUUUGAUGAAAAAAUUGUCCCAAUUCUCAAGAAGAAACUGCCUGGGGCUGACAUGUCUGGUAGGCUCAUCGGGUCUCCUCCAGUUCCAGGUCCUUCCACAUCUUUGACAACAAUGUCUCUGCUGGCAAAGAACACUCCAUCACGGUCUGAAAUGACAAAACUGCAACAGCAGGUGAAGGUGAAUGGAGCUUCUGUCACAGCGCUGCGGAGGGAGAUUUCAGAGCUGAGGGUCAAACAGUUGGAACAACAAAAGCAGCUGCAAGACCAGGAGCAAAAGCUGCUGGAGCAGACCCAGAUUAUAGGCGAGCAAAAUGCUAGGCUUGCAGAGCUGGAGCGGAAACUCCGUGAACUGAUGGACAGUGCUGUUGGCAGCACUUCUCCUGGCAACAGUACCAGUAACACUGGAAGGGGGCAAGAGACACCAUUCAAACGCACCAGGAAGACAUUGGACUCUCCUCGGCAAUCUAAACGUCUGAAGAGCAAAAAAUAAAAAGGUGCAUCUCUUGCUUUUUCUCCAGACGGAAUUUCCACGGUAUGGCAGCAAGCCACCUGUCUGCCAGUGGUAAUCCAACAAACCAUUCUCCACUUCCAACACUCUGUAGAAUUUCGCUCCUUCACUUGGGGACUGGGAGGCUGAGUAAUGUUAGGCUUUUUUUUUUAGUUUUAUCAUUAAAUGUGCUUUCAAUUCCCACAACUUAGGCAAUGGGAAACUAUAAACCUCGGCAUGACACUGAACAUGGGAAGAGUUCUCAUAACUGCAGGUGGACGUGUUGAUGGUAAUUGUUAGUGAAAGUGUGCAUUUCUGUGAGGCCCACAAUGCAGGCAGUAAAGAGUAGUAAAUUUUAAAAUGGCAGAAUGAUUUUUAAAGUCUUAAUGUCCUAGAAAGAGGACCACUGGGGCCCCUGCCUGGAAAUAAUGGAAUUCGAGCCUGAGCACUGUAGCUGUGUGUCUUUUUAUAAUGCAGAAAGGGUUUAGGAAAUAAUCAUUGAGCCAUUUAAACAGGUGUCUUCAUCAAAUAGACAAUCUUCAUUGCGUUGCAUGUUCCCCAUUAAAUGUUAAAGCUCUUACUAAAAAGGUAAUUUGCAGUUAUGGUUUAAAUCCUUGUCUGUUUCUCAUUCAAAACCUCCAGAAAGUAGAAUGUGUUUUCAAGAAUUUACUGUAAUCGGUGAAUUUUGUCGUAAUUUUAUUUUGUAUAAAUAUUUAAAAUCAGCCAAUUUGGCAAACAUCUGCAACGCCAAAAAAAACCCAUUUAUAUCUUUACAAUACCAGCUUAUUCUGUUAUUUAAGAAAGCAUUUGAUUUUAAAGGAUGAGACCAAUUUAAGGACACCUCAAUUAACAGAGUAAAUUCAACAGUCUGAAUUGGAAUUUCUUACACUUUGUCUGGGAAUUUGAGUAUAGUAAUAACAAAAUAUAAUUAACAAAAUAUUAUGCUUGGGUUAAUUGCUGUAUUUACGUGAAAAAUCUGCAGAAACAGGGAUGCUCGUAUUGGCAUCAAUAACCCCUUUUUGUGUGAGAAAUGUAAAAUUCCAAAAAUAAAGCCUUGUCAGAAUUCUUUCUAUCUCAUUAUCUCAUAACUUUAAUAAUUACAUUAUUAUUUCUUAUCAGUCAUGUUUUAAUUUAGUUUCAUUAUAUAGCCUCAUUGAAGCUUUUUUAGCCAAAAACAAAUUGAAGGGCAAAUUAUAUUUUUGUUUAUCUGUCUGACCCAGUAAGAAGAUAGAAAAUAGUUUUACUUUUGUUACAAACAUGAAUCGGGUCUAACUAGCUAAUAAGCUUAUAGUCUACAGACACAAAUAAAACAAAAAUCACGUUUUGUUAAAUCAUUAUAUCCUAGCAAGCUAACUGAGGCAAAAAUGUCAUCAUGCAAGGGACCCUCAAAAGAGGACACGCUAUAUGAAAUGCAAACAGAUUCUCUUCUGAAGAAUGAAUACAAAUUUUCUGAGGAACCCAGGGCGUUUGUAAUUUGUCAGAAUAUUUUUCAACUCUUAAAGCUGUGCUUUCAUAAUAGUCUGUUAUGAAAAUUCUAUACACUUAGAGAUAUUGGUUGUCUCAUGUUUUACCAUGACUUUUUAGCUUUAGAUCCAGAUCUGACUUUUGGGAAGAAAACAAUAAAUGGUGUUUUAAAAAAGAAAAAAAAUGCAUUGUUUAUGUUGAAAAUGUGCAUUUGUUUCACAUCAUGUAAGAGACGGAAGGCCGAGUGCAGUGCCUGUGACUGGAGGUGGUGUCGGUUUUUAUUUAUGUUGGCACAUUCUUCACUAUCAUGUUGAAACAGGGAAAAAUUUCACAAGUUCAGUUGCCAGACUUUGCAUGAAGAAAAUGCAGACAAGUAUAGCUAAUUACAUUUUAAAAAGUUGCAUUUAUGUUAAACGUACGUUGUUGAUAUAUGAAGUACUUUUUGUUAAUUUGAUUAGCAAAUUGUGGAGAUUCAGAAAUUAAGAUACAAUAUGCAAGUCUAGUAGAGUACUUUUUCCUCACCAUUAAGGUUACUUUCUUGACAGGCUAGCAUAGCAGUUUUGUAACCAAUGAAAUCUCUUGAUACAGCCCUUUCUGUGAUCCAAAGCCUGAAUGGUUUGGUGUUUCUGGUUGAGACUGGCUACUAAAUUUGCUUUGUAAAUUGGUGUAAAUUUUAGAGAAUGGAAAAACAUACCUGAAAACCAUGAGGAGGUCUCUUUUUGUCGCUCCGAGUUGAAGCGGUCUCUGCUCACCGGUUUUGCUUAGUGUUAUUUUGGUCACACUCUUUUUUAAUUUCUCUUUAUAAAGAGGGAGCACACCCUGCCACAGAAGUCUGUUAAGGGACUGUUCCCUGAGCAGUGAUGUCACAGAAUGUUCCCAGAGCAAAGAUACAGUCCCCUAUCUAUAAACAAUUGAAUUUACAUAAUAGUGCCGAAUUAAUGCUUACACAACACCUGACAUUUACUUUGAUUGGUUCAUUUGCACUUGUUAUACACCUAAAUAAAAGUCUCAUUCUGAUCCAUUCUUUGUUCUUCUCAGUAUCUCCUAAAUUCAUAUCUUUCUAUGGAAUUCCUGUGAACAUCACAACAAUCCAUUCUUAGUUACCAGCUUCUGUCAUUAUCACCUACAACAGCGGUUUCCAGACUCGGUCCUGGGGACCCACUGUUGCUGCAGGUUUUUGUUCCAACCAGAUUCACAAUUGGUGAUAAUAAUCGAUAACAACUGAUCUCAUUUAAUUAGCUGGUCUUUUUUUUACUCUUCUCUUUAUUCUGCAUUCAGAAAAAACGCAGUAUGGUUUUUGCAUUUAUAAGAUAUUUAGAAAUAUUUUUUUCUAAAGCUAUAAAUGCUUAACACUCUCGUUGUUUUUCCUAUAUUUUCCCCUUUUCCUGUGUAGUUUGCUCCCUUUAUUUAACCCUAAUAGUGAUAAUUAACAACCAGCCUAGCAGACACCCAGUUUGUUGAAAAGAGCAAUGACUUCAGUGUUAGACCCACUAAUUAUAAUUAAUUAAUUAAAUAACCAGAACACCUGGAAAAGCAGAAUUACAAUUAGGCUGAAAAUACUGUUAAUGAGGGUGGCGCAGUGGUAGUGCUGCUGCCUCGCAGUUAGGAGACCCUGGUUCGCUUCCCGGGUCCUCCCUGCGUGGAGUUUGCAUGUUCUCCCCAUGUCUGCGUGGGUUUCCUCCCACAGUCCAAAGACAUGCAGGUUAGGUGGAUUGGCGAUUCUAAAUUGUCCCUAGUGUGUGCUUGGUGUGUUUGUGUGUGUCCUGCGGUGGGUUGGCACCCUGCCCAGGAUUGGUUCCUGCCUUGUGCCCUGUGUUGGCUGGGAUUGGCUCCAGCAGACCCCUGUGACCCUGUGUUAGGAUUCAGCAGGCUGAAAAAUGGAUGGAUGGAUGCAUACUGUUAAUGACUUAAAAAAAAAAAUACAUAUUCCCUAUAUAACUGCUUAUUACAUUUUAAUAAAAAAAUCUACAGUCCUUAGUUUGUAAUUUCUUCAUUGACUCCAAAACACAGAAGCUGGGAAGUAAUGACUCACUUAAUUAGGCUAAGAGUCCAAUGAAAGAUAGAAGUUGGUUGGAACAAAAACGUGUAGCCACAGUGGGUCCCCAGGACCGAGUUUGGGAACCACUGCCUAGAACACUCAAUCUCCUUUUUGAUCACACACCCUUCAUCUGCUUAAUUGUUCAUGGUACUUUUAACACCAAUGCUAUAUUUUAAUGUGGGAAGCAUACCAAAGUACUUAAUACGCAAUAACUAUAUUACCCCUAAAUAUCUACAUUUCCCCUUUAUUUUCUUUCACAAACAUCACCAUGACAUUGUGAAAGCCACACUUCUGCUUCUGUCAUCAGUCAGUUUUUUGAAGCAACUGAUGGCAUGUCAGGAGUUUUAAAAAGUAGGAGGAAGCACGAAAGUCACUUUAUUAUAAUUAAACCAAAACCAUUUAAGCAGGAAACGGAGCAUUUUUCAUAAUAUUAUCACUGUGAAGUGAUACUAGAUGUUUGAAUUUUUUAUCAUGGAAAUUUGUAUUAGUUUGAAUUAAGUUUAAAAUUCUGGGGAAUAUUAUGUGUAUUUUUCUUUGUGAGGUACAUGACACUAGCAAAAGCACAGUGGAGAUGUUUUGUUCUUUCAUGAUUAAAUUAUUAAGUUUCGUGCAUUUGUCUAGUCAUGGCACUGAGUUUUAAACAAUCAAAAUGUUUUGGACACUGUUUUCCUUCUCAAUAUUGAUAAAAGUUCAAUGCUAAUGAACUUUUUUCCUUUUUGGACUUUAUUUUAGGUUUUUCUUUUGCUCACAGGGCUACGGUUUCAUUAAAUGAAGAGAGAACUUUGAGCACCAUGGCCACAAAUAAGAACGGCUUAUAGCUUCCACGCCCCCUCUCUUGAAGAUUGCACUGCUUAGUGGUAAUAAUAAUAAUCAAACAGCUUUCUAAAGUAAGCCAGUAAUUAUCACAAUGAAGCCACUUUGUUUGUUUAGUUGUUCCGUUUGUGAAACACAUAAACGCACACAGAGCCCCAGUUUAGGUUUAACAGACUGGCGGCCAUACAGAGAGGUCUAGACAAGCAACAUAAGAAAUCAGACCUGUCCGGCACAUAACUUUUCCCAUACGGAUGUGAUUUUUUUUUUUUUUUUUUUUUACCAGUAAAAAGAAAACGAAAACAUUUCUUUAGAGGAAUGACUAUUGGAAUUGUUUUGUUCAAAACUCUGAUAACUGUGCCAAGCAUUAUUCGCAUUAAGUGAUCUGUUUCUGUGUUCUCACUCUCAUUCUGUUUCACAUGCACACACUCCACUCUGAAAGGGUCCAGUUCUGAUCUAGGAUUUCUACAAAGUGUUUGUGAUUAGAUGUAAACUUAUAAAUUUCAAUACUCACAUACACAACUUCUCUCUAUACACAUGUAUGUGUGUAUAGUAUGCAUCUCUUUAGAACAAAAUAUACCACACCAUUUUGCAUUUUAAGUGAACCUUUUUUGCGUUAUGGUGUCCACUCAUCUACAUUGAUACACAGACAAUAAAACUUCCUCUUUAAGUGAUGUAAAUCAGUUACAAUUCAUCAGAUGUUUGGCACUGUCACAUAUUUUCUAUUAUAUACACCACUGUAUACCUUCAGUAUAUGCUGGAAUAGUAACCAGAGUAUGAGUCUGUGUAACCUGCUUGACCCAUCAUGAGUGACAUUCCAUUGCUUUCUUCUACGUUAAUCCUCAAAGCUACACGGUGUGCAACAGGAAUAAGGGGGCCCAUGCUAUAAAGGUCAGCAAAAUGAUUUGACUGUCCGAUGGUAGAGAGUGGUACAUAGCCGAGCCAUAGCAGCACUUCACAAAUGAGAGGAGGCCAUUCAGUCCAUCAAGCUUCUUUGUUUAGCUCAAAAGCUGACCCAGUACCUCACCCAGAUACUUCAUAAAGGUUGUCUAGGUGUCUCCUUCAACUACGGGACUUGGUAGUUUGUUCUGGAUUUCCCACAAACACUUUAAAUAAAGAAGUGCCCCCUGAAUUUCCACUGAUGUCCUCGCGUGCACGAUUCAACGGCUGGAACAACUUUAUGUAUGUUUUGGAGAGUUUUGAAGACCUGGAUUAGUGUGCAUUUAAGGGAAAAGGCUGCUCUUCCAGGCUUUGUAUAAAUUACAUUAGAGACUCUCUAACAAGUGAGUGACUUGUGAAUAUGACCAAAUUAAUUGCCAACCUAAUAUAAUAAAAAUACCGUGAUGUGACACAUAACUGGCCUUCAAAGUCCUGAAAGAUGAGUGGAGAGAUUAAAAAUGUGUCAGUUCAGUUUUGUAAUGCACGUUCAGAUUAUCAAAAUACAGAAGUCGCAGCCCUAGCAUACACAAUUGUCAUCAGUUUGUAAAAAUGUAAAUGUACCUUUUUAUUUAUUUAUUUUUUUAUUUUAAUGAUCACAGUAUUCUCAAAUUACCCUAAAAUUAGGAUUAUUAACGGGGUUAUGAAAAAACAUUGAGUUCUUCACCGCAAAGAUUCACAUGUCAUAAAUUGUACAUUAAUGUAAAAAAUUCAAGCUGUAUAUUUAUUGCAAAAUAAUAAUGUAUGAUAAAACUGCAAGUAGGAGUAGGCCAAACGUUGUAAUGCACAUCACUUUUUCAGUCUCUGCCAACAGUUCCAGCUCAGUUUCUCAUUGUGUUCAAGUCAGUUAGAGCAGGGGUGUCCAUCUGUGAUCCUGGAGGGACUGCACUGGCUGCUGGUUUUCCUUCCUGCCAGUUUCGUCAUCGGAGACCAGUUUCUGUUGAUAGUGGAUUUCUAUUUCUGUUUAAUUGCCGUGUUUUUCAAGACAGUGUCCCGUUCCUUAAGUGGCAGCCAAACAAAAAUGAGAUGUGAAGCGAGCCAACAAAUGACCAGCUAACUCCAACCCUAUUUCUCUCCAGCUAGAUUUUAUAAUUAGUAGGCAAUUCUUGUCGUUAUUUCCCUCCAUGGCUCGUUGCUGCUCUCAUUCUGCCCCAGCAGACAUUUCCAAAACCGUUGAUUUUUCCUUUUUCUAAGAGCACUGUCAAAAUGGUUUGUGGACCUGAGCAGAUCAACAUUAUUGAGACCUUCACCUUUCUUUAUUUUCAGAUACUGUAUGAUGGACACAGGUGAGCAGGUCAUGUGUUGGCUGGCUCACUUUGUGCCUUCUUAUUGUUCGAAUAAUUAAGGAAAAAAGAAAAUUAAGUGGUCUGCAUCUUAAAUAGCAAGUCAGUUACAAAUAAGGCAAAAAAGUUCAUUAGUAUCAGAAGCUGGUCACUAAUUAAGAAAAUGGUGAAAGCCUGCAGCCAAUGCGCCCCUCCAGGAUCAGAGCUGGCCCGUGUUAGACACUUUGUCAUUUUCUCUGCUUGUUUUACAGUACAUGUGUAGUUUUCUUUAUCUCUCCAUUAUAAUUUGGGGAAGGGGCAAGAGGGCUGUGUAGCUAGGUGUGGCUGCUUUGAAUGCUAGUGAGGUGUUAAGGCCUUGUGUGACGGAGAUGUAGCUACGGAAACUGCCAUCACUUGAGGCAAUAAAGCACAAAAUUUAUUACUAAAUGAUCCUUGAACACUCACGUCCACGUGUGCUACUGCUGUACUGUACAUCAUAUUCUGCAUUUCAGAGUGUUUACCUUUUACAGGAAAGGCUGUUGUCCCAGUGUUCAUUUCAGGUAAACCAGGCAGACGUUUUUAUGGCCGGGUUCACGUGAAAUGUGUUAAAUCAGUUCAUUGUUACUGGCCUGCAAACCCUUACAUGCACUAGAGACAUCUCCAUAGCAUUGCAGAACCUGGUACUCGCUGUGAAGUGCAAAAUAAAGAACGUUUGAACGCUGAAGUUCUAACUAAUGCUUCCUAGUUUUUACAGUUUAACUUGUAAUACCCACGUGGGUCUUGGUUUCGUUGUGCAGGAGUGUAACUUGAACGUGCGGAGUGUAGCACAAGCUGCAGCCUUCAAACCGCUCGCCACCCUUUAAGAACCUGAGAUGCACUUUCAUGAAGUUCUCCAGCCAUUUUAAAGUUACUCUGAGCACGCUAGUGGGGAUUCAUUUUUGAACUUGGGCAUCCACUCGGUCAAAAUAAGAAAUAUAAAUUUAAAAAAAAAAUGUAGCUUGCGACUUUCUCUCAUGAAUUUAAUUAGACUCGGUACUAAAGAGUGCUUAUACUGGUUUAGCCUGCAGUGAGGGACCCAGAAACGUUUGCCCGAUGGGAGAAGUUGGAACUUGACAUGCUACUGCCUCUCAUUAUGGCUGUCCUGUCAUGUCCUGGUCACGCUGGUGUGUUGACGCUAUUUUAUGUACCAAAUAAAUCCUAAGAAAUAUUAAUAGAAUUAAUGUUCUGUCUGCCAGAACUUUGAUUUAUCGAAGCACUAAUACUGAGGGUGGUGGUCACAAUUCGGGGAACAGCUCUUGUAAUGUGCUCUCUCAACGCUGUUCCUUUUGUGCCGUCUGUCCAAGAAUGUGUGCGGAUUUAUAGGAUUGCGAUAGUCGCUCAGGCCAAACACACUUAACACGCAAGUCCACAUCGGAGUUUGACACUUAAUGGGUAGGAUGAAAACUGGAGAGCAGUGAGCAGGCUCAAGUAACAAGCAAGCACACAUAAAUAUAAACUAUGAGCCAACAAGGAGUUCUCUGUAGAGCCGAUGUUACACUCUCAGCUGCCUUUGUGGGGUUUACAAGUGGGACGUACACUUGAUAAGGAUAGUUCUGCUUUUAUCAUUACUCACAUUUCAUACACUGGGUGAUUUGAAAAGAACUGAAGAAGUUUAGAAGCGUUAUUACUCGGUAACCAAGUAUCUGAUAAACGUGUGGCAAAGCAGCUCUCAGUUUUUUCAUAAAGUUACAAAUGCUCCAUUUACACCAAAUUACGGCAAACGACACCCAUUAAUCCUGUAGUCUAAUCCAAAUCAGACUCUCCAAGUGUAUCACCAUCGAUGGUUGACAUGGCAGCCUUGAUUCUUCUGGUAUGAAUUGGCAUUUUCUGUAAGUUGUUUGAUCGUUUUUUUUUUCUCUCCAAAAGAAGUACAUUUUUGCAUUGAUUUUAUCAUAAAACCUUCCUGAUUUCAUUAUUAUGUGAUAAGAUUUUGUUUUGUUAUGGGCGCCGCCAUUUUCUGUGUAUUAGCGUUGUGGUUUCUGUGUCAUCGUUACCCAGAAGGUAUCCCUUAAAUAGCUGAGACUGGAUAAACGGAGUGCGAGUUUUUGCGAACCUAUGGUGUGACCUUUCUCUGGUUCUGUGAAUUUUUUGAUUCAUGCUUCACAGUUUGCCAUUGGCUAAAGAGAGCCUCGAUUCCUGGUUACCGAAGCUCUGCCCACUUUUUCUGACUACGUCAAUCUCCUUGUCCCCUCUUGUGAAAUUUUUUCGUUCUCCUUGUGAGAUCUGAACAUCUGUGCAAAAUUUUAAAAAUACAUAAAUAACUUAAAGGGUAAUUCUACAAUUUGGUACAAGGCAAAUGUUCAUACGGUACUUAGUUACUAAGUGUGCAAUUUUUGAAAUUCCAGUUCAAUUGAUUUUGAAUCGGACCGUACAGUAAAUAAUGCAUUCAGUUCAUAUGAAUUUUCAGUCCACAGUUUUAUCCCUUUGAAGAUUAUUUCUAUAUCCAUAUAACAUAUAUAUGUUAUAUAAAAUACAUAGCAUAAAACUAAUCUCCUCUGUUAAAUUCCUCAAUAACCGAUGUUCAAUAAGCCUUUCCCGAUGGUCCCAAAGCUUUCUGAGGUUGACACUUUAAUCACCACAGCUUACAGAGACAACAAUACCAGAGUUUUCCAACAGACUCCAGCUGCGGACCUCCAGAGCUCCACUCCAUUGAGGAGGUCAUCGCCUGGCUACUCGAUGAGUGUUAGGGGGGUGGGGUAUCCGACUCGAGUCAAGUAAACCAUGUGACAGAAACCUGCCAUCCAAUUGGCUGUCCAGUGGAGCUGCCGAGGUCUGCAGCUGGACUCUUCUCGAAUUUUCUGCUCCAGGCCCGUAUUUGCGUUGGCGCUCACUGCACACAAAUACCAGAUGUGGCUUGAUAUGAGACUGUGUCUCUUGUUUAGAAAUGACUGUAAUGUAUUCUGUAUGUUUAGAUUGUGAAAUAUUCAAUGUAUGUAAGAAAAUCAAUCCUGUAAAUGAACUAAUGUUUUGUUUAACCAAUGUUCCACGCAUUGUUAAAUUCAUGACUGUAUAUUAAAAGCGGAACUAACCAUAUACAAA